AUGUCGGAGAGGCAAAGCCCGGGCAUCAUGAACAUUGGAACUAUCGACGUCUACUUGAACAAGACGGGAACCAACCUCCGGACCGUGGUGUACAGUGGCGAGGAGGAGGAGAAUGAAGCUUGGAACAUGUACGUGGAGAGGAAGAACGUGGUGCUGGAGUUCCUGCGCUCCGACCUGAGCCCCCACCUGCUCAAGCGCCACCACAAGAGGGUCGAGCUUCUGCGGAAGUGCUCCUACUCCAUCGAAAUCCUGCCGAAGCACUUGGCCCUGGGGGAUCAGAACCACCUGAUGCUGCCCACCACCAUGUUCCAGCUGAUCGACCCCUGGCGGUUCCAGAGGAUGAAGAAAGUGGGCACAAUCCAAACCAAAAUCCAGCUCCUCCUCCUUUCAGAACUCUUGGAGCAGCUGGAGAGAGGCCGUGAGGACCUGGUCCACUUCCUGGAAACCUACGACAUGAUGACGUUCCUCUCGAGGUGGGACGUCAUCAGGCAGCGGCUGUCCGAUCUGUCCGAGCAGAUGGAUAAUUUCCUGGCUCUGCUGGUACCCGGCAGGUUGCACGUCAAGCAUCGUCUGGUCUCCGACGUUGGGGUCACCAAGAUCCCGCACAUCAAGCUCGUCCUCGUCACGAAAAUGCCAGUGUGGUUCGACCGAAAAGAAUCGGUUGCCCACGAGGACUGGGUGAGCCUCAAGUGGUACACGAGCACUCAGCAGCAGCCGCUGGAACAAUACGAGCUCCGCUUUAAGCUGCUGGAGCCCCGGGCGCCGCAAGAGAAAGUCCACUGCGGCGUCAUGUCGGUCGCCUCCAACUCGUGCGAAAUCCACAACCUGCUGUCCGACCGGCUGUACAGGUUCACCGUCAAAAGGGCAGAGACUUACACCCUUGUCUAUGAACAGUGGCGUGACUCCAUCACGCUGAAGACAAAACCAUACCGCGAGGAAGGUGUGGAGAACACCAUGUCGGAACCUCGCCUCUCCCAUCUUAGCCAUACACAAGGAAUAUAA